AACGGGUACACGUUUGUCGCGGAGUCGCGGACGGGCGCGCAGCCCGCGCUCGGGUCAAAGUUCAAGCUGCGGCUGAUCGGUACGGUGUCGCCGCUGCUGUCGCCGAGCCACGAGGUGCUUCCCACGGCGUUCGCGACGAAGGAGGUCCGGGAUUACUACGUGCCGAGCAGGGACUCGGUCGUGAUGAGGUACCAGAUCGCGAUCCACAAGCAGGACCAGCUGGCGACGAUCCGCUUCACGACGAGCCGCGCCGACGUCAGCGCCACGCUCCUUGGUCCUCGACAACGACGCCGAGUUCCACCGCGAGGAGGGGAGGGGCGAGGUCGUCACCCCGCGCUGAUAUUCCGCAGGAAUCCAGGCGACGAUCUCAAGAAGAUCAAAUCCUCUAAACCCUCCGGGAUGGGCUCACCGGGGAAGUCACGACCUCCGACCUCGAUCUCGAAGACGAGGCUGGUCGACGAGGUCGUCGCGAAGAGGAAGGUAGAGGACGGCGACGGGGAGGUGCACGCGUACGUCGUCAUGGCGACCAUCGACAGCCAGUGCUGGCCGCUCAGUCGCAGGGACUGGAAGCACGUUCGGAAAGCCAGCUGCAGCGACCAGGAACGGCCGAGGAACAAAGGGAAGUUGCUCUCUGAGCCACUGCUGAAGACUCCCGAGUUGGACCAGCAGAGGGACGUUGCCCAGAAGCUGCUGAUGGAGGAGUACCGCGCGUGCAGGGAGGAG